AUAUUUCAAGUUUUACUUUUAAUAUAUCCAGUCAGUGACAGUAUAUUAUUCGGUGCAUAGAUAAUGUGGAUUGAGUGAUUAUUUUUUUGUGUUUAUAGUGAUCAUUGUGGAACUAUGAGAGACUUCAUGAUGAAGGUCCAGCUACUCCUCACGCUAUGCUCGCUCUCCCAAGCUGCGUACAUGAGCCGCAUGACGAACAUCAACAGGAUCCGCUCACCGGCUGUCUUCAGACCUGGAGUGACGCUGCACAGACCUUGGAUGCAUCAGCGACUGGUCCAAGCCUCUUCGAACAGAGCUCCUUAUGUGCUGUACAGAAAUGCGCCGCAGAGAUUUGCAGUAAAACACUACCAGCCAGCCCGUCACGUGUUCAACACGCCAUGGAAGACCACACGAGUGCCGCUCUCACCCACGCCGCAGGAGUACGAGUUCAUACGAGCCGCCACGCAGCAGAUCGUCCACACUGAUGGUGGUACAGCAGGUGCUAUCCACACCAUACCAGCACCCAACUUGAGUCUCUCGGAGAAACCCAUCGUGGUCCUUGAUGCAUCGGAAAGCAACCCAGCCUCAGAAGCGCCGAAACCAACAUACGAAGUAACGGAGAAACAUCAAGAGCCCAUGUACCAGAUGGCUAAAAUAGAAACUCCUGUUGGAUUUUCUAAAACAGUUUCCAUGAAUUCCCCCGAAUUGCAAACGCUAAUACGAAACGGAGCAGCUUUGCAAUAUGCAUCAGAAUUUGGACUUUCAGCUAUUAGUCUACCACCAAACCAUAUAGUUCAACAACCUCCACAAGUUCAUCAGAUUCAACAGGCACCUCAACAAUUUGCUAUACAGGGAUUUAACAAUAUUCCGUCGCAGCAAGAAUUAAUAAACUCAGGCGCAGAAGGGAUCGUGAUACCACCCAACGCUUUAUACCAAUCAGACCCAAUGUUUCUUCAAAAAUUACAAGCUCAAUUACUCCAAAGAUUCCCCGCAGUCGAAUUUAUACCUUAUGCUGCAGACUCACCACCCGUGCAAAUGCCACCUAAUCAACCACAACAACCGCAAUUACUAUUGCUAGAAAACGAGGAACUUAAACCAGAACCCUCGUCUUUUGUGCCGAAUAUACCACAUAAAAACAUCGUUCAGCGAGAAACACAAGAGAACUCUAUAGUAACAUUAAUACCACAAGCGUUUGUUAUGAAUAAUGUGUCAGAUAAACCAGAGACAACAUCUUCACAACCACAAAAUAUAACUUUAGAACUUGUAGCGGCUGAAUCACAACCAAUAACUACCACAAUCAAAUAUGUUAUAGAAAGUAACACUGAAGAACAAAACACAACUCCCGUUUAUUACGCGCAAGUCGGUCAAAGCGUUGGAGAUGUUAUUGCGAAAGGAUUUUACUCUGCCAUAAAUGACGUCAGAACUGCAGCUUUAGCUCAAGUUGAAAAUCCUCGCGAAACUAAAAUAGAUGAAAAAAUCGCAACUACAGCGCCUGAGCUAAAAAAGUAUUUUAUUAAAGGAGAGAAUGAAGUUAAAAAUGAAACUAUCACUGAAUUAAAGCCGAUACUCGGCGUUCCGUUCGCAAAACCAGCGGACCGUGUCAAUGUUACUUAUACGCUAGUAAAAGAUCGAAGCGAUGGAAAACCCAAAAUGACGCAGGAAGGCACAGUUUAUGCCGGUCAAAUCGUAGAAGCAACUAUAAGUGAAGACCAUGACUUUAACAAAGCUAAAGCCACGUUACUAUCAAGACGAGCUCCAAUAAGACUGGUGGCAGUUUCUGAGCAGAAUGACAUUGCAACUGAUGCAUCAAGUGGCAUCGUUCCACAAAUUGAUGUACCAACAAAUUCCGGUCCAAAAUUAGCUGUAGUUAAAGCUAAGAUACCACCGAAGAGUAAACUUAUAUUUGACGACAAAACUGGAGAACCAGUUUUAAGGAUAUACGCUAGUUACGUCGACAGUCCAGCACAGAAAGAACUGAUUGCAACAAAAUUAGCAAAUUUGAGACGUGUGAAAGAAGUGACAACAAAAAAAGAAUCAGUUGACAAUUGGAAAGCAGCGACGGUGAAAUCGGUGGACAAAAACUCAGGGCUUUGAUGGCAACCAAGUAACGCAAUUUGGUUUAAAAUUAAGAGUUCGGAGCGACGACUACGUACCAUUAUUUGAAGAUUACGAAGAAAGUGUUUGGUCGAAAUGACUUGUGAUAAGAUUCGGAACUAUAUCUUGCCAGUAAAACUCUAAUUUCAACCCAAAUUUUUGUUGACAUACAAAUAUGGAGUACGAUUAAUUACCUACAUCGAAAUUGAAGUCCAUACCAAAUUAAACAUUAUUUAUGAAAGGUAGUGAUUCUACCAAACAAAAUUCUACAAGAAUCAGAUCCUUAUUUCCAAUCAGUCAAAGCAACCACAUCUUUAUUAAACGUUUAACUUAUUUAUAAAUUAUAAGCUGUAGUCAUAAAUUUUGUGUAUAUCAUUUCAAAGCUGGGUUCCCAUCAAUAUAAAAUUGCGUUGUUAUGUUCGAUGACAAUGAUUUAAAGCCACUUACAUUUUCGUGACAAGUAUCAAAUUUUUGAAAUUUUCGUAGAUAUGUUAAAAACAUUUUUUAUUGAUGUAGACCAGGCUUGAUAUAACAAGUAGGCAUAUUGUGAUUAUUAUUAAAUCUGUAAUCUAGUUUAGAAUUAUUUUUGUAAAUAAUUUAG